CUUUCCUUUCCUUUUCUUUUUCUGUUUGAUUCUUCUUAAUAGUUGCAGUGUAAGCCAAGAAUCUAAUCGUUCAUUCAGAUUAUAUUAAAUGCACUAGUUUUACUACUUUUAUCUAUGAGAUUUGAGUGUUAGAAUUAGGAUAAGGAUGCUUUUAACAGUGUUGGGUUGCUUGUGUUGUUUAAACUUUGGUUUAUUAUGAAUCAAGUUUAUUCAAAAUUGAAAAUUGCAUCUUAGAACUUAAAAUUUCAGGGAUGAGUUCGUAUUUUAUGCUGUGUAGACUUACCUUAAAUGUUUCUAAUAUACAGGACGGAAUGUGCUAAUUUUUUUGUAUCAGAAGCAAAAGGACCAUAUACAAGUUUCUUUCUUAAUAUCUGGAAGAUCAGAAAUGUCGUCUGAGGGUUCUCUAAAUACUGAAUUAUCAAAGAAGACAGCAUUUUUGGGUCUAAAACUAUGGGUUUUGAUUGGUAUCUCUGUUGGUGCAUUUAUAGUUUUGAUUCUUUGUAUCUUAUCUGUAUGGGUUUCAUUUCGGAGGAAAUCUAGAAGAUCAUUAGAUAAGUUCUCCCUCACCCAAAUACCCAACGUAUCAAAAGAAAUUAAGGUUGACAUAGUCGGGGGUCAGAGUUUUAAUGACCGCCCUGAAAGUUUAUUUCUUUCAGUCCAAGAUAAAUCAAGUGAUAGGAAUUCAGAGAAAAUGCUUGUUCGCAAAUCAAGUGAUCCUGAUAACAUGAGUCAAUGCAGUUCUAUUUAUCUUCAUGAGAGAGCAUGUAGUUCACAGUCAGGAGAAGAAGGAAGCUCUGGGAUUGUUCAAAAGCAUUCUUCAUUGUCUUAUGGAGGACUAGUGACAGCUUCUCCCUUAGUUGGUUUGCCAGAAGGUUCACAUCUUGGAUGGGGCCACUGGUUUACUCUUAGAGAUCUUCAAUCAGCAACAAAUCGUUUUGCGGCAGAGAAUGUGGUUGGUGAGGGUGGAUAUGGUGUUGUUUACCGCGGUAGACUGAUCAAUGGAACUGAGGUAGCAGUGAAGAAGCUUCUUAAUAAUUUGGGACAGGCGGAGAAAGAAUUUAGAGUUGAAGUGGAAGCUAUUGGUCAUGUUCGACAUAAGAAUCUAGUGCGACUUCUAGGCUAUUGCAUAGAAGGAGUUCACAGGAUGCUGGUGUACGAAUAUGUGAACAAUGGCAAUUUGGAACAAUGGUUACAUGGGGCUAUGCGUCAACACGGUGCCCUCACUUGGGAGGCCCGCAUGAAGGUUAUUAUUGGUACCGCCAAGGCGCUUGCGUACUUGCAUGAAGCCAUAGAGCCUAAAGUAGUUCACCGGGACAUUAAAUCAAGCAACAUCUUGAUAGAUGAUGAGUUUAAUGCUAAGGUCUCUGAUUUUGGCUUGGCAAAGCUCUUGGAUUCUGGAGAGAGUCACAUAACAACCAGAGUUAUGGGAACAUUUGGUUAUGUCGCUCCUGAAUAUGCUAAUACCGGAAUGUUAAAUGAAAAAAGUGACAUUUACAGCUUUGGGGUCCUACUACUAGAAGCAGUUACUGGAAGGGACCCUGUGGACUAUGGCCGACCUGCUAAUGAGGUCAAUCUUGUUGAGUGGCUGAAGAUGAUGGUGGGAACAAGAAGAGCUGAGGAAGUUGUGGAUCCAAACCUUGAAGUAAAACCUGCAACCCGAUCAUUAAAACGUGCGCUUCUAGUUGCACUUAGGUGUGUUGAUCCUGAUGCAGACAAGAGACCCAAAAUGAGUCAAGUUGUUCGAAUGCUUGAAGCUGACGAUUAUCCAUUUCGUGAGGAUCGGAGGAACAGAAAGAGCCGCACAGCAAGUAUGGAAAUUGAAUCCAUGAAGGAAUCAACUGAUAUUGAAAGCAAAAUAGGAGAUUCUGAGAGCCAUAUAUCUGAGUCGACCCAUGGAUAGAACUGACAAACAAGUGACCUGGGUAUUUAUUGCCUUACAUUAGAUUAAAUCUUUUGGUAACCAUUGAUACGUGAUCAAAUAUCAGAAUUUUGUUUUUUGGAAAGUUUUCCUCAAGUAAAACGAAUUGGAUUGAAGAUAGCCCCUUUGGAUAGUGAGUCUUCUCAUGCAUUUGCCAAGGAAGGAUUAAGGGAGAGAUGCUGAAGCCUGAAUGUAUGAGAAAGUGAAGUGUUUGUACAGAUGUGUCUCCGGUGCGGCCGGGCUGUCCUUCAUACAUAAUUACAGUUCUUUUUUUUUUGGCUGGGUGUUUUUACUUGGUUACUGUUCUUGGAAUGGUUAUACUACUUAUUUCGGUUUCA